GCGGCAGACCGGAGCAUGGAGAGCAUCUGCUCCCCCCCACCGGAGCAGGAAGCGGUGGAAGCGUGGCUGGACGAUCACAGCGACUUCACCCGCUCUUACUUUGUUAGGAAAGCUACGAGAACAUUUGGAUGAGGUAGCUCCAUGAAAAAUAUGUAUUCCUACUGUAAUAAGGAAGGAUCAUUGAGAAAUGGUUAAUGUAUGGUUUGCUGAAAGAGUUCACACCAUCCCAACCUGCAAGGAAGGAACCAAGUCCCAGAGUGAAUUCUGUGCUUGUCACCAGCCUGUCUGUGCUGAGACCACCAAUCCUGGGGCCCCAGUGAGGAAAAUAUCUGCUUCUGAAUUUGACAGACCCUUAAGGCCGAUUUUUGUCAAGGACUCAGUAGGAGCAGUGACUUUCCUCUCUGGCUCUGAAAAGAAAGAACAGAUGCCUCUGCAAUCUCCAAGAAUUGAGACCAGUGCAGGGGAUCAGUGCUCAAGAUUAUUAGAACUUGUGAAAGAUAUUUCUAGUCACUUAGAUGUCACAGCGCUGUGCCAUAAAAUUUUCCUACAUAUUCAUGAGCUUAUAGCAGCUGAUCGCUAUUCCCUCUUCUUGGUCUGUGAGGACAGCUCUAAUGAGAAGUUUCUUGUAAGCCGACUGUUUGAUGUGGCAGAAGGCUCUACCCUGGAAGAAGCUUCCAACAGCUGCAUUCGUCUGGAUUGGAACAAGGGCAUUGUUGGGCAUGUGGCAGCUAUAGGCCAACCUCUGAACAUCAAGAAUGCCUAUGAGGAUCCAAGAUUCAAUGCAGAAGUUGACCAGAUCACAGGGUAUAAGACUCAGAGUAUUCUCUGUAUGCCAAUAAAGAAUCAUAGGGAAGAGGUUGUUGGCGUGGCUCAAGCAAUCAAUAAGAAAUCUGGAAUUGGUGGCACUUUCACAGAACAAGAUGAAAAGGAUUUUGCUGCAUAUUUGACAUUUUGUGGAAUUGUUCUUCACAACGCUCAAUUGUAUGAGACAUCUUUGCUUGAGAACAGGCGUAAUCAGGUGCUUCUUGAUCUUGCCAGUCUGAUUUUUGAAGAGCAGCAAUCUUUGGAAGUGAUUCUGAAGAAGAUAGCUGCCACUAUAAUAUCCUUCAUGCAAGUGCAGAGGUGUACCAUCUUCAUAGUGGAUGAAGACAGUACUGAUUCAUUUUCCAGUGUCUUUCACAUGGAAUCCGAGGAGUUGGAAAUUAGAGCUGAAAAUCUGAAGAGGGACUGUGAUGCAAACAAAAUCAAUUAUAUGUAUGCUCAGUAUGUCAAGAAUACAAUGGAGCCUCUCAACAUCCCAGAUAUCUGCAAAGACAGAAGAUUUCCCUGGACAAAUGACAGUGCAGAAAAUGUAAGUCAACACAUAAAGAGUUUGCUGUGCACACCAAUAAAAAAUGGGAAAAGAAAUAAAGUGAUAGGGGUUUGCCAACUUGUGAAUAAGAUGGAAGAGAAUUCGGGCAAAAUCAAGGCUUUCAACAGAAAUGAUGAACAGUUCCUGGAAGCAUUUGUCAUCUUUUGUGGCUUGGGGAUCCAGAAUACACAGAUGUAUGAAGCUGUAGAAAGAGCCAUGGCCAAACAAAUGGUGACAUUAGAGGUUCUCUCAUACCAUGCUUCUGCUGCUGAGGAGGAAACGAGGGAGCUGCAGGUAACAGCGGCUGCUACAGUACCAUCCACACAAUCUCUCAACCUAACUGACUUCAACUUCAGUGAUUUUGAGCUAUCAGAUUUUGAAACAACACUGUGUACGAUACGAAUGUUCACAGACCUCAACCUGGUGCAAAAUUUCCAAAUGAAACAUGAGGUCCUCUGCAGAUGGAUUUUAAGUGUAAAGAAAAACUACCGGAAAAAUGUUGCUUAUCACAAUUGGAGACAUGCCUUUAAUACAGCACAGUGCAUGUUUGCUGCUUUAAAAUCUGGUAAAAUUCAGAGCAAACUGACUGAUUUAGAAACACUGGCUUUGCUGAUAGCAACUCUAAGCCAUGAUUUGGAUCACAGGGGAGUGAACAACUCUUACAUACAGAGAAGUGAACAUCCACUAGCUCAACUGUAUUGCCACUCAAUCAUGGAGCAUCAUCAUUUUGAUCAAUGCCUUAUGAUCCUGAAUAGUCCAGGAAACCAGAUUCUCAGCAGCCUUUCCAUUGAAGAAUACAAGGUCACACUGAAAAUGAUAAAACAAGCCAUUCUUGCCACAGACCUAGCACUAUACAUAAAGAGAAGAGGAGAAUUUUUUGAACUUCUGAGGAAGAAGCAAUUUAAUUGGGAAGAUCCUACACAGAAGGAGCUAUUUUUAGCAAUGCUGAUGACUGCCUGUGAUUUAUCAGCCAUAACCAAACCAUGGCCAGUUCAGCAACGGAUUGCUGAGCUUAUAGCUACUGAAUUCUUUGACCAAGGAGAUAAAGAGCGGAAGGAACUCAACAUAGAACCAACAGAUCUAAUGAACAGAGAGAAGAAAAAUAAAAUUCCCAGCAUGCAGGUUGGAUUCAUAGAUGCUGUUUGUUUGCAACUGUAUGAGGCCCUAACGCAUGUGUCAGAGGCCUGCUACCCUUUACUGGAUGGCUGUAGAAAAAAUAGGCAGAAAUGGCAAUCCUUAGCUGAACAACAAGAGAAGAAUCUGAUUAAUGGAGAAAGCAAUCAAGCCAAACGGAACUGAGAUGCUGAUUUAACAACCACAAGCUUGAGUUCACAUAGAAAACAUAGUAAUAGGGGAGUUCUGCAUUUUGCUAAACACUGUAUGAAUUUGGCUUAUGUUUUGCCACUGCUGUAUUAUUUUUCCACAUUUCAAGAUAUAGCAUGACCAUGUAUGUGCCAAGGUUAUAUACAGAGUGUGUUUCUUUUAUUACAUCUGAUGGAGAUGGAAAAAGAUCUGCAAAGGUAUUUUUUGCUACCUUAUUCUGUGAGAAGGUACGAGUGCAGUUACUCGACUGUCCCCAAGAGCCUAUUUACAGAUGUAUAUAGUUGUUUAGUGAUCGUGUUGUGGCCAGUAUCUUAAAGACUGCUGCAUUUCACAUAUUUUUUUCCUCUUCCAGUCUUGUUGCAUUACAUUUUAAAAGUAAUGAGCAGUCUUGCCUUUUCUCUUGCCAGAGGUUCAGAGGAAGGACUGGGACUACCUCUGGGAGACUAAUCCCGUAUAUACUGUGCUAACCUCUUUCAGGAGACAAAAGUGGGCUUUAGAGUGAAAAAGUCCCAGAAUCUGUGCACCCAGUAGGUUUUAUUCACACUAGAGAAAUACCUUAGCAAAUGUCUUACAUUUAGAGAAAUAAAAUAAAACACAGCAAAAACCAAACCUGUGAAUUACUAAGCAAUGGGGGUCUUAAGAAUUUUGUGGUAGGAGUGUCAUAAAUAUCCAUGAAUAAUGAAAAUUACUUGAAGGUCAAUAAAAUGUCACAAGAUAACUGACAG